AUGCCACCUACUAGAAAAUACGUUUCUGGAUAUACAAAACGGCUUAGAAAAAGAAAAAUCGAGGAAUUGACUCAAUCUCAAAGAGGAGCUCUUGAUAGAUUCAUUGUUAGAGAAUCACAUGCUACAAUUGAUGAAAAUAUUUUCAAUGAACGAGAACAAGAUGAUGUUGAGGAAUUGCAAGUUAUUGAAAAUAAUAUGGAUGAAUGUGUGGGUAAUGCUGAGCAGAAUGAGAAUGAUGACAAUGAAAAUGCUGAUAUUGAUGAUCAUAAUGAAGAUGUUGAAGAUGUAGACAUAGAAAAUCAUAACAAUGAGAACGUCACUGAUUUAUUCAAUGAGGAACCAAGCCAAUCCAUUCCAUUGGAUAUUUAUGAUCCAAGAAAUUGGGAUAAUAUUGAUGAUUUCUCUUCUAAACGGACUAGCUUUGAUGUCAAUUGA